AUGUCCACGUUUGGUAAUAAUAAUUGGGGUGCAUCCACAGGAUUUGGAAGAAGAGCAUCACUCAGUGGUCCACCAGCAUCAGCUUCGUCUACUGGUGGUGGAGGUUUAUUUGGUAAUUCAUCAACUGGAUUUGGACAAGGUGCAGCAAAUAGUACUACUGCCGCCAACACAUCAACUUCUGGUGGAUUAUUGAGUAAUAAACGACCUGCAUCUGGUGGUGGACUUUUUGGAAGUUCUUCUACUGGUGGACAGCAAAACCAAGGAAAUCCCCUCUUUCAACAACAGCCGCAACAACAAUCCUCCUUGCUUACAGUACAAAACUCAAAUCCAUACAGCUACAAUCAACUCCUCACAAAUCUACAAGCGUCCAAUGAUACCAUGCCUGAAUCAAUCAUUACACAAAUCUUCUCUCCUGCCCAACAUCAAGCUAAGGAUAUGCCUGAAAGAAAGAGAAGAUUUUCAUAUUUGGAAAAACCAGAGGCGCAUAAACCAAAAUCGUCACUCUUGGCUAAAUUAGGACAAACGUUCAGAUUCAUUCGUGGGGUAUCUAAAACUAAUGAUAACAAUGUGAAAGGAUUGUUUAGUCAAUCUGAUGAUUUGCUAAAGAAACCGGUGUUGCCUAUUCAAACACCAGCUAUCUCUACUAAAAAUGCAGUUAAACUGUAUAGACAAGUUGAUGCUAGAAGAGUUGGAAGUAUGAAACGAUUAGUCAUUAAGUCCAAACCAGUAAAAUAUCAUUUGAUUGAUGUGAAUAAGGUGUUUAACGCCAAGAGAAGAAAGGUGGAGAAUAACGUGGUUACUGCUGAUAAAUUAUUGACUGAAAAAUACUUGAGUGACAGUGAUGACGAUGAUGAAGUUGUCGAUACUAGAAAGUCUCUUGAUUCAAGAUACGCAUACAAGGUCAACAAAGAUCGUGCAACUGGUGCUAAUAUUAUUGAAGAUACAUUUACUCCACAAGAAGAAACUCAGGAAGAGAAAGAUAAAGCUACAACCAUGCAUGACGGAUACUGGUGUUCACCUACUAUUUUUGAACUCUCACAGAUGUCAUUGGAAGAAUUGUCUUCUGUGGAUAAUUUCAUAAUUGGAAGAAUAGGUUAUGGGCAAAUCACAUACUCUAGACCGGUUGAUCUUUCUACCAUCAUGCUUGAUGCUAAAGAUCAUGGACAUUCAUUAGACAAGGAACUUUUCGAUAAUGUAAUUCAAAUCACGAAGAGACAUAUUCUUGCAUACAAGAACUAUCCAGCAAAGCCACCAAUUGGACAAGGAUUAAACGUUCCUGCUAUGAUCACACUUGAAGGUAUGGUACCUACCAAGGGAAGAUCCCUAGCUGAACAUAUCGCAUUCUUGAAGAAUCAAGUUGGACAAGAAUUCAUCACCUAUGAUCCAAUCACUCAUACUUGGGUGUUUAAAGUAAACCACUUUAGUGUUUGGGGAUUGGUUGAAGAAGAAGAUGGUCCUGAAUUGAUGGAAAUGAAACGGAAGCAAGAUGAGCAAGAACAUCAAUCUUAUCUUGAAUAUUCCAAAGUAUAUGGUGAUGAAAGUAUUAAGAAAGAAGUUACCAAGAAGGCGCUUUAUGAUCAAGUCAAAGUAUUUCCUGGAAGUUGGGAAUAUGAAUACACUUCAACCCCUGAUCCAUUAAACCUUAAGCGUGAAUUAGUAUCUAAUGAAAUUCUUGAACAAUUGAACAAGCUCAAGAGUGAGGAGUAUGAAGAAGAGAGAAACCCUUAUGAAGUACAAAUGCUUCCUUCUGAUGUAGACAUUGCUGAGAUUGUGGAUGAAAAAGUUUAUGAGCCGGAAAUUGACGAUGAUGCAGUAUUUGACAGCAUUCAAACUAGACCCAAUUUACCUACUUCCGAUGACUGGUUGAUUCAAUUGGAGUUGGCUAAUGAUUUAAAUUCUGCCUUGGCUCCAUAUAACAGUAUUGUGAAACCAUCUCAAAAGUUGACGUUGGAAAAAGUUGAUGGAUUGUUGUUUUCCGAUUUUAAUAAUCUGAUUAUUGAAAAACAAAAAUUGGAGACUAUCUCUGAUGAAAUUGAAGUUGAUGAUGAAGAACAAGAUGAUAUUUAUGCAAAUAAUAUUUCCGAGGUGGUUUCUAGAGUGUUAUCCCAAUCAGAAAUAGUCAGUAGAGAAAGCACCUAUCCUAAAGUCAUAUUUACUAGAGAUCUUACCAUGAAGAGUUUCAUAACUACAGACAUGACCGAUUCUGAAAGGGAAGUAAUUACUUUAGCCUCUGCCUUAUUUGAUAAUGAUGAAGUUGAUCGAGAAAUUAACCAAUUACCACUGAAAUCCAACACUACACUUAUUGAAGCCAUCACUGAAAGAACUAGACGAAACUUAUUUGGAGAAUGGUUGAAAAACUAUAACAAAUCAGCGAUUAAUAACUUACUUCUGACUCACAAGUCUGACCCCUUAGAAAGUGUUUUUAUUUAUUUAUGUUCCGGUGACUUGAUGAAAGCAAUCGAGGCAGCUAUAGAUACUAAUAAUGGACAUUUAUCGGUUAUUUUAAACUUGGCUGAUUCCAAUGAUGAAGUUGUCAAGCAAAUUGCAGCUCAGCAAUUGAAACAAUGGUUGGAAAACGGCAUGAAUGUACCUAAGGCUCUUGUGAAGAUUUAUACUAUAUUGAGUGGAGAAAUUGACAGCUUGGCUGCUGGGUUGCCUUGGAAUAUAGCUUUGGCAUUACAUUUGUUCUAUGGUGGUACAAGUUUGACUGAAUUGGUGUUUGAAUUUAAGGAUAGAGUUCCUGAAGGGUUACCUGUUGUUGAUGUUUUAAAAUUGGCAUUCAUAUUACCUCUAGACGUGGCUAGUAUUUCCAACACUAGUUUAAACAAGAAGUUGAAGUGGUAUUUCUGUAAAGUUUUAGCUGGGAGUGCAUCGUUUGAUGAUGUUACCAAGUCAUUUGGUGAUUACUUGGCGUCAGUUAAGUUAUGGAAGGAUGCCAUCUUUGUAUACUCUCAUUUAUCCAAUGACGCUGAAUCACAAGAAUUGAUUCGUGAAUUAAUUAUCGCCAAUAUUAGUCUGUUGAAAUGUGAUCAAGGUUACCUAAUGGAUGUAUUAAAAGUUCCAAAAACAGUUAUAUAUGAAGCUAUAUCUAUUGAGAAACGUGCCGCUGGAGAUUUCUGGGGAGAAGUUGAAGCCUUGGAAACUGUUGCAUUAUGGGAGAUGGCACAUUCCACCAUCAUUUCCGAAUUGGGUCCAUCUACGGUUAUUUCUAAUAAUGGUGAUGAUAUUGAUCAUUUCGAACGAUUGAUAACUCCAUUCCCUAGACAUGGGUUGAUCAUACCUGAUUGGAACGUGGGUGCAGGAAUAUAUGUUGCCUAUUUCAAAUUCUUGAAACAAAAGAAUAAUGUUGAUGCUAGUAUUAUUGACUUUUUGUUGACUAAUAUUCCCUUGGUUAAACAUUCACCAGAAUCCUUUACUCAAAAAGUUGCAUUAAAUAUCAUUUCAAAGAGUGUCGGGGAUUACAUUAUUGAAAGCGAGUUUGCCGAUAAGAAGGACGAAGUGGUUAAGUUAUAUUUGGAUACUGUUGAUCUUGAGUAUUUUAAACUUCGGUUAUCUAUACAAUAA